UGCCGGUGAGUAGUUAGUUUUGUUGUGCAGUUAGUUAUAUCGACUUCCCGUUAACAGCCGAACCUUAUUAAAAGAUGAAAUUGUUCAUUGUACUCCUGGCCACAGUGGCGGUCGCUUGUGCCAUGCCACAUAGAGGCGGUGGCGGUGGCGGCGGCGGUAGUGCUGGCGCUCAUGCCGGCGCAGAUGCUAGCGCAUUCGGCGGCGGCUUUGGUGGCGGCGGCUUUGGUGGCGGCGGCGGUGGCGGUCAUCGCGGUCAUGGUGGCGGCGGCCCUGGAUUUGGUGGACAAGGCGGUUUCGGCCCAGGUGGUCAGGGAGGCGGCUUCGGUCCAGGUGGUCAGGGAGGCGGUUUCGGCCCAGGUGGUCAGGGAGGCGGUUUCGGUCCAGGUGGUCAGGGAGGCGGUUUUGGUCCAGGUGGUCAGGGAGGUGGUUUCGGUCCAGGCGGCUUCGGUAAAGCAGAUGCUAAUGCCUCUGCCUCGUCUAAUGCCCAAGCCAACGGUGGUGGUAAUGCCAACGCCAGCGCUAGUGCGAACGCCCAAGCCAAGGCUGGAGGCUAUGGUGGCGCUGGUGCUAAUGCUAACGCCAAUGCUAACGCUAAUGCAGGCAGCUUUGGCGGCAGUUAUGGCAAAUAAGGUACUCACACUUUGAACAUAACACGACAUACACUCACCUCGAACUGCCCAACAUUUUUUUUAAGCUAAUGUGAUUUAUAAUGGAUUAAGUAAAGAAAAAAUAAAUAAAAAAUUAACAA